UGUAAUCUGAAAGUAGAUCAUCAUGGCGAGCCCAAGGAGACACACAGAUGACUGGGUUCUGCAACCUUUCUCCAAUAAGCCACCGAAGAGUCAACCACACGUACUCUCUCCCUGUCUAUGGACCCUUCUCCUCUUCUUGCUCAUAGGGCAAGGAGCCUCUGAAAAGGAAUCAGCCUCAACAGUGGUGAAAGGCAUUCUAGGGGAUUCAGUGAUUCUCUCCCUGAACAUUUCAGUGGAUGCAGAAGUUGAGCACAUCACCUGGAGUGGUCCCAAAGAUGCUAUUGCUGUAGCAUUCCCAAGUGGAAAGAUUUUGUUGUUAGACAAAAGCUACCAAGGGCGAAUAGACAUCCCAGAAAAUAACUCUUUGUCUAUUAACAAGCUGACUCUGAAAGAUGCUGGUUCAUACAAAGCCCGGAUAAACCAAGAGGGAUCUGAAGACAUCAAUGAGAGAUUCAUCUUAUAUAUCUAUGAACAGCUGCAGGAGCCCCAAGUCACCAUACAGUCUGUGAACGUGUCUGAGAAUGCCUCCUGUACCAUCACCCUGGUAUGCUCUGUGGAGGGGGCAGGGGGAGAUGUUCAGUACAAAUGGACUUCGAGGGAUCCUCAUGCUUCUGAAUCCUGGGGGGACCCUACUCUCAUCGUCUCCUGGUUGCCCUGUGACGCAGACCUACCAUACACCUGCACAGCCAAGAACCCAGUCAGCCAGAGCAGCUCCUACCCUGUCCAUGUCUCGCAGUUCUGCACAGAUCUAGGAGCCUCCCGAGGAGGAUCAAUGGGGGAGACGGUGCUAGGGGUCCUUGGGGAGUCCAUCACCCUGUCCCUGGCACUCCUGGACAGUCAGCACAUAGACAAUGUUGUCUGGAUGUUUAACACGUCUAUUAUCAGCAAAGAGUGGAGAGAAGAAGGAAUAGCCAAUCAACUCAUUGAGUUCAAGAAUCCGGAUCAGAACACAGUGUGGGUCUCAAGCCAAGACUACUCUCUAAAGAUUAUCCAGCUAAAGAUGGAGCAUGCUGGCCUCUACCAUGCCUACAUGUGCUCAAAUGCCGGAAUUGCCAGCGUGAAGCACAUCAAUCUGCGCAUCUACCAGAGGCUGAAGAAGCCAAAAGUCACAAGGAGCCUUGGGCUCACAAAGGACGGCAUCUGCAAGAUCAGCCUGACAUGCUCAGUGGAGGACAGUGGACACAAUGUGACAUAUGAAUGGACACCUCUGCCUAAAGGAGCUGUCAUUUCCCAAGGGGGAGCUCACCUCAGCAUCUCCUGGAGAAGUGGAGAAAAACACCCCAACUUCAACUGCACGGCCAGCAACCCUGUCAGCAACAGCUCCUGGCAGUUUCUUUCUAGGGACCUCUGUCCAGGACCUGAGAGAAGCACAGAGUUUUGGAUCGGGCUCUCCCUGGUGGUUCUUUUCAUCCUUCUGGGCUUUGGGAUCUCUGGCUGGUGCUUUUGGAAGCAAAAAAGACGAUGUUCAGCCGCAGCUUUCAGUUCCAGUCAAGCUGAGACGUCAGUUGACACACCAGAGCCCACUGCUGGACACACACCAUACUUCAUGCUUUCCCAAGGGUGUGAGAAGCUGGACACUUUCCCUAAGGCUGUCAGGCAUGCCUCCGACAGCAGCUCUGACAGCAAUGGAACAACUGAGGAGGAUGAGGAGAGGACAGGGAUGCACCAGCCCAUCAAUGGAAGAGACCAGAUGUGUGACUCGGUCACUCAGGAGGACGCCAGACUUGACUCGGACUCUGAGGACCAAGCAGAGUAUGAUCUCGUCACUCCAGAUAACAUGGCACCAGCCCUUGUGGUUGAAGGGGAAACGGUGUACACACAAGUGUUCCUUAACUUGCAGGGAAAGACUCCAGUUCCUCAGAAGAAAGAGAAUUCAGCCACAGUCUACUGCUCUAUACAGAAACCUCAGAAGGUUGUGCCACCACCACAACAGAAUGACCUUGAGUCUCCUGAAAUACCUACCUAUGAAAAUGUCCCCUGAAAAGAAAAGCAGCUACCUCCCUCAGUGAGGUUGGAGAGGCUGCUAGACCUAAUAAGGCCCGGGCCCCUGCAGACAGAAGAACUUCAGAAUUUCCUUCAUUGUCUCAGAUACGCCUGGAUUUGGGCCUCCUCUUUUUCUCACACCUCAUUACUUCCCAAAUCCAUCAACAGAUCAGACAGCCUCUGGGCUCCGUUUGUCUCCUUCUAUGCUCAUAUAGUACAACCUCUCAGCUCAGAUGCAUGCCUCAAAACUCUGCCAAGGCUUGUCAUGUCGUCAAAGAGGACCAGGAUCUCCACGUGGUCCUAUAAACAGCUGCUAAGAUAAAUCUAACAGAUAAUCUCUCUUAUGAACUCAAAGAUCUAGGUGAAAUCAUGACCACUGUAGUAUUUUUUUAAAUAAAAGAAUAGAAAUAACCUAAGGGUCCAUUUAGUAGGAGUCUGAUUAAACACAUGAAAGUGUAUUCUUGCAAUGGCAAGGCCUGCCACUUUUUUAAAGAAGGAAAGUAGAGACUAACAUGUGUUAAUAAGAAGGAGCUCUAAGAUACGUCAUUUGAUGGACAGAACAAAGUCCUGGAAAGUGUGUAUCAUAUGUCACCAGUUGAAUAAAAAAGAAAUAGAUAGCUGUAUGUUUACAUAAAGAACAAUUCUGAAAGGAAAUACAAAAAAAUUAUCAGUGGCUGCCUCUGGGAGGAAGCUGGGUUGGUUUGGGGAUUUUUUUUAUUGCAUAUAUUUUGUACUGCUGGAUUUUUUAAACCAUUUGUGUGUAUUACUCUUUUUAACCAGUAUUCUUGGGCUUCCUUUGUGGCUCAGCUGGUAAAGAAUCUGCCUACAAAGCAGGAGACCUGGGUUUGAUCCCUGGGUUGGGGAGAUUCCCUGGAAAAGAAAAGGCUACCCACUCCAGUAUUCUGGCCUGGAAAAGUCCACGGGGUCGCAAAGAGUUGGACGCGACUGAGCAGCUUUCACUUUCACAUUAUUCUUUUUAUGUAUUUUUAAGCGUUUAAAAGCAAUGGAAUUCCAGUUGAGCUAUUUCAAUCCUAAAAGAUGAUGCUGUGAAAGUGCUGCAUUCUAUAUGUCAGCAAAUUUGGAAAACUCAGCAGUGGCCACAGGACUGGAAAAGGUCAGUUUUCAUUCCAAUCCCAAAGAAAGGCAAUGCAAAAGAAUGCUCAAACUACAGCACAAUUGCAUUCAUCUCACACACUAGUAAAGUAAUGCUCAAAAUUCUCCAAGCCAGGCUUCAGCAGUAUGUGAACCAGGAACUUCCAAAUGUUCAAGCUGGUUUUAGAAAAGGCAGAGGAACAAGAGAUCAAAUUGCCAACAUCUGCUGGAUCAUGGAAAAAGCAAGAGAGUUCCAGAAAAACAUCUAUUUCUGUUUUAUUGACUAUGCCAAAACCUUUGACUCUGUGGAUCACAAUAAACUGUGGAAAAUUCUGGAAGAGAUGGGGGUACCAGACCACCUGACCUGCCUCUUGAGAAACCUGUAUACAGGUCAGGGAGUAACAGUUAGAACUGGACAUGGAACAACAGACUGUUUUCAAAUAGGAAAAGGAGUAUGUCAAGGCUGUAUGUUGUCACCCUGCUUGUUUAACUUAUAUGCAGAGAACAUCAUGAGAAAUGCUGGGCUGGAGGAAGCACAAGUUGGAAUCAAGAUUGCUGGGAGAAGUAUCAAUAACCUCAGAUAUGCAAAUGAUACCACCCUUAUAGCAGAAAGUGAAGAACUAAAGAGUCUCUUGAUGAAAGUGAAAGAAGAGUGUGAAAAAGUUGGCUUAAAGCUCAACAUUCAGAAAAUUAAGAUCAUGGCAUCCGGUCCCAUCACUUCGUGACAAACAGAUGGGGAAACAGUGGCUGACUUAAUUUUUCUGGGCUCCAAAAUCACUGCAGAUUGUGACUGCAGCCAUGAAAUUAAAAGACGCUUACUCCUGGGAAGGAAAGUUAUGACCAACCUAGACAGCAUAUUAAAAAACAGAGACAUUACUUUGCCAACAAAGAUCUGUCUAGUCAAGGCUAUGGUUUUUCCAGUAGUCAUGCAUGGAUGUGAGAGUUGGACUAUAAAGAAAGCUGAGCACCGAAGAAUUGAUGCUUUUGAACUGUGUUGUUGGAGAAGACUCUUGAGAGUCCCUUGGACUGCAAGGAGAUCCAACCAGUCCAUCCUAAAGGAGAUCAGUCCUGGGUGUUCAUCGGAAGGACUGAUGUUGAAGCUGAAACUCCAAUACUUUGGCCACCUGAUGCAGAGAGCUGACUCAUUUGAAAAGACCCUGAUGCUGGGGAAGAUUGAGGGCAGGAGGAGAAGGAGACGACAGGGGAUGAGAUGGUUGGAUGGCAUCACUGACACAAUGGACAUGGGUUUGGAUGGACUCUGGGAGUUGGUAAUGGACAGGGAGGCCUGGCGUGCUGCCGUUCAUGGGGUCACAAAGAGUUGGACACGACUGAGCGACUGGACUGAACUGAAGCAUUUAAAAUGUCCCUUCUGUAUAAGAUUCCCAUAUUUACCCGAAAAGAAUUUUCCUCCUUAUUGUCAUGUCCAGAUGUAUAUGAGCCAUAGCUCUCUUCUCCCCCAAACAGUCGCCUCCAUCCUGUCUCCCUGCCUAUAAGUUACACUUCUCUUGACUUAACAUUCGUGAUACUCUUGUGUGCACUUGUGUUACAUGUGCUUUGUGGCCCAUUUGUGUUUUUUAAUACUGUGCUUCCACUGUCAUCUGCCCCAGCACACGGUCUGUGGAAUCAGAGUGUCAUCUGUGGCCUGCAGUGGGUACUCCUGGGGAGCCAAGCAGUGCUUCAUACACAGCAGGAACUUAUUUACUGCUUUGUUCAUUGGUUGGUAAUUGCAUAGAUAAUUAUCUUUUUAAGGCAUUAUCACAGAGUUCAACAAAAAUAUAUUAGAUGAUAAUGAUAAUCAUUAUUACAUUCCAGAAUAGAGCAUCCCUGAAGUUGCUGGACCUAUAGAAUCUCUUUUGCUCCUUAAAUGACUCUGCCCAGUUCAAUAUCUAUGCAACUUAAGAAAUGUAAAAGGCCAGCAGUAGGCAAUGGUUAGCAUCUCUGCUGUUCAUCUGAAUUGCUAUGACCCCUAUAAUUUGCUACUCCUUCUUCUCAUGAAACUCCUGACUCAGUUGCUCAGCUGCCCACAACUGCGUUGGAUCCUCUCCCCAUCCUUUUACAUUCUCCAAUUUUUACCCCGAUACUUUCUCCCAGAUGUGGUCUAUCGACUAGUCUCCAGGAAGAAGCUAACUUGACCAAUCACACACCCACAGGGGAGAAGGAUCCGAGGGGCAUAAGCAAGUGGCUAUCCCCCAAGACUAAGUGGGCGCUGGGAUCUGGGUACCCUAGAAUCUGCUGUUCCAGUGUGAACAAGGCUAGGAGACAACUAGUUCACGAGGAGUCCAGACUCCUCUCCAGCAGGAGUUAAACAGCGUGUGUUUAUUGAUGGCCCACAAGUGCCCUUUGGCUGGGAGAGGAAAAGUACAGAGUAGGGAAGAGAUCCAUUUCCAUUUUCUAUCCUAAAUUUCAGAAAAGAAAUUUAGAUUGCCUUUAAGUAAUAGCACAGAUCUAUAUUAAAUUCAUACCUUAAACACAGUGGGGCAGUUGAAGAAUCAGGCUCCAUGCAAUGUUACCUGUUGGGGUCUCUGACCAGGCCCUCUUCCAAUUCCCCCUUUCCUGAGCUCAGCCAGACUUUCAGCCUGCUCCCCACAGUCUUGUGGAAGGGUCUGGCUUGAAGGCUCAGGGGAGCCCAGCAAGGUGCCUGGUUCCUAACUGCUCAGCUGCCUGAGUCCUCCUUCCAGCAUUUGCCAUGGGGAGCAUCAGGACUCAGAACUUAAAUGACACUGUUUCUAAUAGUGAGGAAUGUGUAAAGAAGCCAAAAUAGAUGUUUAAUAAUGUGUUUGUAUAAAUCAAACAUCAUUCUGUAGGCAAAGUUGCUUCCACUGCCCGAUUAUUAGGAUGGCAUGGACUCUGGGUGAUUUUUCCACUCAGCGAUGGGCUUGAUUUGCAUUAUCUACUCUUGCUCCUGCCCACAUCCCUUUGUGACCAGAUGGCUAGAGGUAAAGUUUAAUAUGUAGUGGGGAAGUUUUUCCUCUGUAUUUGAGUAUAGCCCAGGCCUGUCCUCCUUGGAGAACUUGCCAGUGCCUUAGGGCUAUUUAGUAUACCUUCACAGAGGGACCUCUUUCUUCUCCUCUGAGCCCCCAUUAUCUUUCCUUCCUUUUUGGAGGAUGAGUCUGGGCAAAGAAGGGUCUAGAAAUGUGGUCAUCAUUGAUUAGGGAGGAGUGAAGAUGCGUCACCAGGGGAAAACCAGGGAAACAGAAUCUUAAUGUGAUAGUAACACCACAUUUACAUAGCACUUGGAGAUGACCAGCACUUGGACAUGCUGUGUCGUCUUUUGGAAACUACCCAACAUCUCUAUCUGUUCUUGUCUGGUCUGUGAGUUGAGAUGUUACUUAACAGCCUUGCUUUUAAAGCAGCUGUUAGAAAUCAUUUUCAAAUAAAUAAAUUUAUAUUUUAAAAAAAUAAAAGUAAUGUUAAAAAAAAAAGAAAUCAUUUUCAAAACAAAUAUAGACCACGCACAAACUCUUAUAUCGUCUCCAGACUAGGAACCACUCUGCAGAGACUCAUGUGGUAUCAUCCAUUGUGCUGAUUCCCAAAGCAGAAGUUGGGCUUUAAGAGAGGUGAGAACAGCCAUGGCAACUAGGAAUACAUGCAGAAGUUCUCCAGCUCCCUACGACUCAGUCGAGCAGGGUUCUCAGCUUUGGAAGUUCUUUUUCCAACCUGCAGAAGAAAAGAAGAACUUCAGACUCUCCCACUAAACGAUCCUUAUAACAGCCCUUUGGGCUAUGAAUUAUUAUCCCCAUUCAUCAUUCAUAACAGAAGGAAGCUCAGUUUGGGAAGGGAAAUAACUCAAGGUCAACAACUAGUGAGAAGUAAGGGGCUUGAAUCCAGUUCUUCUGGCUCCAUUUCUAGUGCUGUUAACCACACCAUGCUUCUUCAUGACCCACUUUGCCUUGGCCCACGCAGUGUCCUCUACAAACCUUGACUGUCCAUUUGGCUUUAAUGUGGGGCUGCAGCUCAAGUGCCAGAAAUUUCAGCGGGCACCCAUCCACACUCUCCCUUGUGACCCAUGGCAACAUCUUUAUCAGGCCACAGGUGGAAGCUCAGGUGUUAUAUGAGGCUGAUGAGCAGGGUGCUCUCCAUGCCUUCAAUUCUCUGGGUAUAAAUGGGAAGUAUAAUUACACUACCUCAUAGCAUUCUGUGAAGAUUAAAUGAGAUAGUGCACAUGAAGUCACUGGCAGGCUACCAUUCAUAUGUAUAUACAAUAAACUUCCAAUAAACA